CUUUGCACCCGCGGGACACAAGCUUUAUGGUAUUUUUGUGGGAGCGCUUCCGCGGCUUGGACGUUCUUUUUCAGGGUCACUGCUGUUGCCACAGUUGGGAGGGAUGUCUUCGCACAAUGAGUCGUCAAACAACGCGGAUGAUUCCAAAAACUCUUCACAAGCGCUUAAAAUGCCUCGACAGAAACGAUUAAAGGUCAAUAGAGCUUGUUAUACUUGCCGUGUCAAGAAAAUCAAGUGCGAUGGACUACAGCCCUGCAUGCAAUGUAGAGCUCGUCAGCGUCCAUGUUCGUUCUCUAAAGACGGCCCAUCGGGUAUGGAAGAAGAUGAAUAUAUGGGAUCGUCACCUUCGCAAACAAUACCCGGUAGUAUGGAUACCGUUCAGCCAGUAACAGACAGCACUGCCUUCGAUAGUCCGCGCGAACACCGCCAGCGAAAAGGAAUGAGUCAGAAUGCAUCAAACGGAAACCGAGAGAAGCAUCAGGGGACGUUAGGCUUACUAGACGAGCUAAGUGCCUCCUGGCCAGCAGAAGGAUGUGAGCGACGCUGGGCCAUCGAUGAGCAUUUACUCUAUGCCAAAGUACCACCUGUCGACAGCACGUCUUUAGAUCGCACGGGGAACUCGGGCAACAACAUGGUGAUACAGCAACAUCUCAUCACACUUUUUUUCCGAUAUCGUUACGCUACCUUCCCGAUUAUACCGAAACGAACACUUUGCGAGCAUUUGGAACGCCGCGGAUCUCUUUGCACGCACCUCUUGCUAUAUGCCAUCUACGCGCAUGCAGCACUUUUUGCGGAUGACGACCGAUCUCAAGCAAACGUCUAUUAUUCGCACGCAGUCGCACUUGUUGACGACCACUUGGAUCUGCCGCGUCUAAGCACCAUCGUCGCGCUCUGUUUACUUUCGCUUUACGAGCAGCCGACGGAUUUAAGCAACAAUGGAUACAAUGCAACGCAGAGUCGUUCACAGGCAUACAGCAGCAUUGCCUUUCGUAUGUGCUUCGACUUGGGACUGCAUAAGCGAUACAUAUUGAAUCAACGCCUAAAUAGAGAAGAUGUGGAACUUCACAAACGGAUAUUUUGGUCAUGCUAUUGCCUGGAUAAGAUGCAAAAUGUUUGCGCUGGCUGGCCGUGGGGAAUUCAAAGCAAAGACAUUGAUCUCGACCUGCCGUUGCUGCAACCUGGAGACGAUAUUGGAGAGCACGAAGUACUGGAGUAUUUCGUUACGCUAAUCAAGCUAUUCCAAAUAUGCGAGCAUGCAUUCCAGACAGAUUCGGUUCAUUCAGCCAGAGCCAUAGUACGAUCAUACGAACAAGAACAGCUUGCAUACAGCUUUGAUAGUGGAUUGUUGAUGUGGCUGCGGUCGUUGCCAGCGCAUUUGCAAUGGACACCAUUUCCUACGCAAGCCAACGCCGUUGCGACACAGCCACCUCCGAAUGCCAUGAUUGCUCAUUUGCAUCUGUUUUACAACCUCAUUGAACUCGGCGUCCUACGUCCUUACUCGGCCAUCACUGGUAAAACGAUAUUACACCGAUGCUCCACUAUUGCCACGAAUAUCACCCAGCUUGCGUGCUCGUUGGCAGAACAGACCAACUUCAUCCUGUCGUAUUCCUUUGUAUCCAAUGCGCUCAUGGCAGCUACACGGGUACAUUUGCUGAACUGCUCUAGCGAAAAUUUAAACUUUGCACGGCACUCGCGUUUCAUGUUUCAGCGAUCGUUACGGUCACUGCGAACAUUGUACCACCUUCGGACAAUACCAGGCGUACCUGAAUUUACCACCACUCUGAAAGCCACAAUGGCGGCAGCGGAUACAGACACAGAAAUCAAAAAGCAGCAGGAUCAAUGCCAGCAACAGCAACAGCAAGAGCAAGAGCAUCAAUUUGAGCAUCCUUCAAGCCCAACACAAUCGCAGCAGUUCGUCAUGAACCGGGCUACAGCUGCCUUCUCGGCGCACACAUUAUCGGCAGCUGCAGCACAUGCGAACGCUUCAGCAUCUCUAGCUGUGGCAAGACAAAGCAAGGCAACAUUAUCUAUGCCUUCAUCCCAUCAUGGUCACAACGCACAGAAUGUCGGAAAUCUUACUAACCAGCUAUCAACAAACAUGAUGUUCGAUCCCAAUACAGCCACCUGGCGCUCGCAAAACCAAAAUGCACACCAACAAGCUCAGCCACAGCCGCAGCCACAGCAACAGGGUUUGAAUCAACAUAGUCAACAACAGCAGCACAGGGUACCAUAUCCGUUAAACCUUCUAUCUGUUGACGAGAAUUGGUCUAAAACAACUGAUGCGAGCGUGGAUUCGAUACUGUACAACAACAGUAGCAACAAUAAUGGGAAUAACAAUAACGCCAGCAACAGCAAAGAGAAAUCAGUGUUUGCUAGCUUCAUGGAUGAACAUCAUAAGGAUCCGAUGAAAAUGAACAACGACACUGCUACUACCACAGACAUUGACGAACUAGUCGCGCAGAUGCGUUUCGGCAAGAAUGAUGGUCAGGAUGAUACCACUGGCGUAAUAGGCAACAAACAUACAUCAUGGAACAAUGCGGCGGCAGCCGCGGCAGCAGCAGCAACCGUAGCAGCUGAAAAUGAUCCAUUGGUAUAUUCCAUGUGGUCGCAACAAGAUGAACAGUCGAACUCGACACGAGUAUCACGCGAACCGCAGCAGCAAGAGCGUGAACCACCGACAUCUCCUCCGUCCGUUGCGUCCUCCACAUCUCAUUCACACUCUACGCCAUACCAAUCGACGUACAUGAAUAUCGGUUUGGGCGUUUAUGCAUCGGCACACCAGCAUCAUACAGACGUUAUUCGUCAACACUUUCCUGGUGUCGAGUCCCGUGCGAACCCAUUUGUACGGCCUGUCAUCCUUACUCACCAGGGCCAUGUUAUUGUCGCUGGCUCUAAUCAAGAUACGAGAUCAACCCCUCCUCCCCCACAAUAAGUAUUCUUUUCUCUCUUUCUCUUCUUUUCUUUUGUAUAUAAUUUAUACUUAGAGUUAUCUUGUACAUCUUACUCCUUCCUCUUAUUAUUUUCUUGUUACUCUUCUUACUUGCUAUAAUCCAUCAUAAAA